AUGGGAAACUUCCUUUACAAGACAUUUCUUUCAGCCGUCUUGGGCGACGCCGACAAGCGUCGCCGGUAUGACAAUCAGAAGGCUUUCUUCUCUGAAGAGUCUGGAGAAGAGUGGGAGGGUGCCGACCGUGGUGGCUUCGAGCCCCCGGGGGAGCCGGUCAGCAGCCUGUCUCGGCUCUCGGAAAUCUUGGGCAUGAACGAGCCCUACGUCAUCCAUGUCUACUCAGACCAGCGCCAUUACUUCGGCCAAUGGAUGAAUGAAGUCGCUCAGGAGGUGAAGCUUGCCCACCUGAAUGUCUUCACAGCAGAGGAGGACGUGCUGCAAAGACUUGGGGUGCGCCGCUAUCCGAUGUUCGUCGUCACUUCCGGCGGAGGCGGUUGGCAGACCUACUUUCCUCAUGGCUUCGACUUCUUCCGUCUUGGGGAGUCGGUGCUCCAGGUGGUUCUCGACACGGUUCAGUACACAGAUCGGGUCACUCCCCUCCACAGCGAGGCGGCUUUGGAUGAUUUCCUUCGUUUGGUUGCUGUCGGAUCUUCCAAGCCGAGAGUCGUGGUGGUCGUGGAUGACGUGCGGCGACGGCUGCUGCAGGUCUACACGGCUGCCUGUCGUUUGCAGACGCACCAUUUCGCGCAAGUUGGCAGCUGGGCCGCGGACCGGUUCAAGGUCCGGCGACUGGUUUCCUGGGUUAUCGUUGACCCAGCCACGCGCCAGGGCUUCCACCCGCAGCCGCAGCUUCUGUCUGGUGCCGCCAGUUUUCGACAGCAGAUCAUGGAUGCCAGGUUUAUGCCGGAGCUCCACCGCCGAUCUUUCGAGGAGCUUUGUCACGGAAGCUGGUCAGGCUCCUGCGCCUGGGUCGCACUCUUCCUGGUGACGCCGGACAUGCUGGGUAAGGAGGAGAAGGCGAGAAGAGCUUUGCGCAACUUCCGUGAGGCAUGCCGAAACGUCAAGGAGCAUGCGUCGCAUUCUCUCGAGUGUUUCUGGGGCCGCCACGACGGAUCGCCUGACUCGCCCUUCCGUGGGUUGGACCCGCAGCUAUUGCCUAGCCAAAAGGCACCGGGCAAGGGCGUCUCUGUUAUAGCCUACGCUGGCGCAGCGAAACAGGCGAUUCUCUACCCGAAAGAAGUUCUGGGACGAGAGUUGGCUCAGCGAGACCUCACGAAAUGGCUUCAGCAGGUUCAGGCCAUCUCCGACCCAAGCCAUCUUGGCGAGGACGGAGGCGGCUCCCACACCGUGCUUCGAGGCUUCAUCUCGGCCUUGCCGGAUCCCGAAGAGGAGCGGACCGGGCCAAAAGGAUUCAUAGAACGAGCCUGGGAAGUCUGCAGCGAGAUCCUCCGCAGACUUUUCGAGGCCGUUGCCGAGCCCAGGCUCCUUCUCUUCAGCCUCGUCUUCGGGUGGCCGCUUCUACAGCAGCUCAUGGGCCCCUCACAGAGUUCAAACUCUGCCGGAAAUGCGCCCAGCUCGGCUCGAGGUCUUGCAGAUGGGGAUGCCGUGCAAGUUCAAGGGCUUGCAGAUCGUACGGAGUUCAACAACCUCCGUGGACGCAUCGUGGGCAGAGUGCCUGGUCCAGAUGGUGAAGCAACGAAGUAUCGUGUCCAGAUUCAGUUCGGCGGUGAAAGCAAGGCCGGGCGAUGGUUUGGAGUCCAGGGCAGCUUCACCUGCUUCCUGUACACCGUGUCGGUUACUCGAAGCGCUUUCUUCAAAGUCUUCGUAGCUCACGAUCUGGUGCUGGGUUUACCCGUCCACAGCGAAAGCUCCAGAGCUGACGGAAUUCUCCCAAGGUACUCUGUUGGCGCCCUCGUGGACCUGUAUUUCCCACUUCAGCUCCUGCACAGAUCGCAGUACCAACGGCGGCCGGCACACGCAGCUAGCUUCAACUCCUCCGAAGGCCGCUUUUGCUCCGACAAGCGAGAUGCCAAGACGGCCAUGCAAGCCUAUGCAAGACAUGAAGCGGCUCAUCGUUUGAUGGACGGCGACCUGGGGCUGCACGCAGCGAGGCCGAGCACCUUAGAACAGUACGCAGUUUUUCUGGUAGAAACGUCGCAGACAUGGAAAGCUCUUGGCUGGAUUCUGCAUGCCGUGGAGGAAGAUCCUGCGGUGGAGGCGGCACGGCUUCCGCCGCAAGCUCGAUGUCGAGUUUUCGAGUCCUUCCUACUCGUCCGAGGCAGAUCGAGUGGUGAGCGAGCAGUUGCCGUGUCGGGUGCUCGCCUUCUAUUUGGUUACCACCGUGAAGAACCCUUCCAUGGAAGCGUCUGCACACAAGCAGUGGUGCAGGGAGCACAACAUCGUUGGCCGCGUCUGGGUAUCCGACCUCAGCUGGUGACGGCAUGGUGCUACCGCUACACGGUCUCUUCCAGAGGCAUCAAUGUGCAGGUCAGCGGAAACACGGCGGACUGCGUGCUGUAUGCUGAAUUCGUGGCUGGGAGGUUUCGAGAAGCCAGAGCCAAAGGUGCUUCGCUGCUCUGUAAACUUGAUCCGGUCCCCGAGCCUAUGUUUGCAAAAUUGCGGGUGAAGGCCAAGAAGCUUAUCUCCUUGUCACCGCGGCUCGAUGACAGCCUUGAUAUGGAAGAUCGCGGGAAGGACUUGGAGCCUGCGGAGUGGCAAAGUCGCUUGCAAGGCCUCGAAGAAGGCAAGCCGGGAAAGGUCCUUGACAUCCGAAACAACUAUGAAUGGGACCUCGGCCACUUCGCUUCUGCCGAGCGGCCUCCAACCGAGGAGCUGGCGGAGAUGAGUCCAUCCUCUUUGGGUUUGACCUCUGAGGACAAGGACAACCCCCUGUACAUGUACUGCACCGGUGGCAUCCGCUGCGAGUUCUUCGGUGCUGCCUUGCGAAAGCAAGGCUUUCGCCAAGUUUACAAGCUGAGGGGCGGAGUGCAGCAUUAUGGAAACACUGUCGGUGAUGAGGGCUGGAAGGGCCGCCUUUUUGUCUUCGACCGCCGGAACUCCGUGGCCGUUGGAGACGAAGGUCCUUCCAGUGACCUGGCUUGUCCACUCUGCGGAAAGCGUGCCGUAGAGGAACAGGCAGAAGUAGGCCCAUGUGUCAGACAGAGCCAAGAUUGCCAAAUUCUGUGGCUGAUUGCUAGGUCAAUUUCCAUAAUUGCAAGGCACCUCGAAAAGGUCAAGUUGAGCUCGUUUCGGGGUGGCAUGAUGCGCGCUGUCGUCGCUUGUGCAACGAGCGAGCUCUUGCUCAUGGGUGUGCAGCUGGUGUUCCUCUCAGAUAGGCUUAGAGUUCUCCGCUCCGAGUCUCAAAGGAUAAAGGCCGAGUUUGUGCGCGCCGCCUCCAGGGAUGCUGUCAGGAGUGCGGAAACAGGCAGGGCCAGCAAAGCCAGCGCAGAAAGUGUUCUCGUUUGCAGCCUCUAUCGUGUCCGAUCGCUUUGCCUCCGCGAAGUGCCCACCAUUCAGCCACUGACCACAGAGGUGUCCCUUCUGGGCAUCCACAAACAUGCUCAAGCUCUUUGCUUCCGGCACGCAGACACCCUGAAGCCGACAGCAUGGCCAUGGAAGCGGCCGACCUCGCAGAAGACGUCGCCGGGGUCUUCCACUCCGCACAAGAUCUUGCCGGAGCGGCGCUUGAUUCUUCGGUCGGCCGUGUACGCGCACAAGAAGUUGGCAGAGCGCUUCAUUCUGAUGCAGCCUCUGUUGUCUCGUCAUGAAGCGACGGCAUCGGCGCAUCAGCGGGAGCUGGAGGAUCAGCUGGCAAAGCUGAAGGUCGAGAGAAGCUUGGCCGGUCAUCGCCGUCCAAAGUGGUUAGUCUGGGAUGAAUUUGGCAUCAAGAACAUGAUCUCCACCGUGGAGUACAAUUUGGGAGAGCUGAUGCACGAGAGCCGCAUGAUCUACUUCACCAAUCAGCAAGCGCUCCAUUUCUCCGACCAGCGCAUGCCGGAGGUGCGUGCUGGUGAUUCUGCUGAUUCCGUCGCUCCUGGGCCGAAGCUACUGGAAGCUGGGCAUGUUGCGAACCGUUUUGCCUUGUUGUAUGAGAUGACGGAGCUGGGUCCGUGGGAAGGUGAGUACUGUGUAGCCUUCCAGACCCGUGUCCCACGUGUGACCUGCAAUGCGGUCUUCGGAUCAGCCAAGCGGGAGGCUAGGGUACUUGCACAUAAUUUGACGUGGCAGCCGCCAAGGAAUGUCAUCGCAAGGGAAGUGCUCCUGCCUGUGGCACAUCAGACGGAGGCCCUGAUCGUCGGGAGAAGCUCCUGCAGUUUGACCAAUGCCUUCGCAGAGGUCAGUGAGCCUCUUCAAAACAGCCUCGGGGACCAAUGCAAGUUUCAAAUGGUAAUCUUCGAGCAUGCGCGCAAUCUGCAAGUGAACACCAAGCUGAAGCCCGACAGUUUGGAGGGAAAGCUACAAGGGAGUAACGAUGCCUGGCAGCGUGCCGACUUCAUCCCUGCACUUUCUCAUCACUACGGCAUUGACCCGGUUCUGUGGCCGCGCCAUCAGCUUGUGGAAGGUGCCGCGGCAUACUUCGUCUUUGAGUGUUUGAACGACCAGGGGCUCCAUGAUCCACGCGCUGCAGUCCAGUUCGAGAACAUGUUCCUGUCUUCACUUCGCAAGUCUGUCCCAGUGCUCGCACUCUGGACAGGCGGCGACGUCAAUGUUUUGAAGUUCGAGGCAUUGAACUAUGUUACCAACGGCAUUCCCUUGAUUCUGCUGGACAGUAGAUACAAUGAUGAGGAACACGAGCCGCCGGCCGAGACCACUCUCGAGUCCCGUUUGCCACGCGACCCGCUGGACGACAUCAGCAUGCAUGUAGACGAAAAGACAGCGAGAAAGAGUCUUGCCAGCGAGCCCUUUCAUGAAGCUUGUCAAAAGCUUCAGAAGCACGCCGAGCGCUUGAACGCCCUAGAAACACCCCUGUACGACACCCACAUCGGGUCUGCACUGGCAUGCAUCCGCGCUGGCAUCCAUCGAAAGGAUAAUGAGAAAAAACAGCGAAAGGAUCGAGAUCUUUGGCUUCACGAAGCCAUCGUCCAGGCAAUGCUCGAGGCACAUCACACCAGUGCUCCUACCGACUUACGCCGCGACGAAGUCUCCGAAGCAUUGUCGGCAGCAGACAAGAACAUCAUUGAAGCGACCGACUUCUUCGUGAACUUUGUAGCACAUCAAACAGAGCAGGACCAUAGUUGUGAACCUGCUUUGGGUUUUGUGCUCGUUAGUCAUACCUGCACUAGCAUGUCUCAAGGGUCGCUGAGAAUUGCAGAUGCUUCUGCGGCUCAGGAGUCCAGGAUGAUCAUGUCGAAACUGGAAGAAGCUAUCUCGGCUCUUCGCACAUGUGAGGACUGGGACGAACUGGAAGCCGAAUGGAAGAAGAGGUGGGCCAAAACGCUACACUACUAUGCGGUCUUCAGCGGAUGGGAUGUCAAGGUGGGUGAAAUUGACCUCUUCAAGAAGGUUGCAGCACAGAAUGAUUGGCAAGCCAAAGGUCGAUACAGCCGGGUAAUGCUGAACAGAGGGGAGCUGGAGAACGACUACGAGCGCGCGCAUGACGGAUUGAAGGCUAUGCUGCAAUCGUGGCUGGAUGAGGCGAAAGGUUACGACAAAGUGCAAAAGCGAGUGCAGGUGGUCAAGUCUGACAAAAGGCUUUGGCUGGCUGCGUACGAAGUUUUGAAGUCCCAUGAUGUGGACAGCUGCGAGCUGAGUGAUCAUCGGAGGCUGAGGAACCUCGUGCAGAAGCACUCGCGCUCUGACCGACUCCCUGACAAUAGUUCACUGGAAGGCCUAUUGCUUCUUCGAUGUGCCUGGACCUUGGCGGAUGUUUUCCAUGAGAAGGCUACGAGAUUGAAGCUAGUUGCCAAGCUCUCUUUUGCCUGCUUGCUUCUCUUGGGCGUCGUGAUCACUUUCGAUGCCAAGAAGUUCACGGUGUUGGGAUUGGGGCUUGCUUCCUCGAGCCUUGCUGCUUGGACGACCUUCACGGAUCCCACGAAGCAGUGGAUGACUCGAGUUGGCGAUUAUGGAAGAGCAGAUUUUACCCACAUCAGCGUCGGAUCCGAUGAGGGUGAGCGACAGGCCGAAGAGCGCUUUCGCGACAACAUCUUCGCGAUCGCAGAUGCUGCACUAGGCCCGAAAGAUCAGUUUGCGAACCACCUGACGACGGACGAAGUUUGCAUUCGGGUCGAUGGAGAGAGGCACAACAAAGAGGACAAGAUUGACAUGAUGAACGAGCGGCUGAAAGCAAACAAACUGACAUCAGCACACCACAGCCACAAGCAGUAUCCGGAGCUCAAAGGUCCUUCAGAUAAACUCAAAGCCCAUCCAGAGCAAGAGGCUCAUCCCGGAGCUGACCGAGACAGUCACCAUGCGCCGGCGAGCCCUGAAGAGUAUAUCAUUUGGAGACUGACCCCCUUGCGGGACUUCUAUGGUCGUCGCAUCCCACAGGUCCGGCGUACCCGCCUGCUCAUGCAGAUAUUCUUCAUGGCCUCAACCAGUGCCACGGCAGUGCUCGCGGCAGCAGAUCAGACAGCUUGGACACCCAUUGUCGUGGCAAUCUCCGCGGCGCUCGCGUCUUGGCAAGAAUUCCGCGGUGUGGACAUGAAGCUGGAGCGCUACGGCGCCGUGGUCACGACCCUCCGAAAUCUGAUGCUUUGGUGGCAGACGUUACCAGAAGCCGACAAGGCUGGUGGGCAGAUGCGAGAUGGCUGCCUCUUCGGAGCUUGCAGCCUGGUUGAGCGACGCACAGCAGGCUUGUGCUGUUGGUGGGAGAGGGGGAUUUGGGAUGUUAGGGGCUUGGGGCAUGAAGGGAAGGAAAUCCUGAACUCGAAAGCCAUGUCAGGCCAGGGAUCUCAUGGACAAGGCGACGAGCUCCAAGGAUCGCCAAAAGGCGUCUGCGGCCAAAGAAGCGCAAGCGCAGAAAUAGGGCCAAAGCGAGCAUGGCAGAGGCAGCAAGCGCGCUUUAAGAUGCCCAGGUGGCAAAUACUGCCAGCCUCUGGACUUCUCUGA